CUAUUUGAAUUUGAUGUGUGUCUAACCCUGUCUUGACACUUGUGUUUUCCCCCACCCCCCUCAAGAUUGAAUGUGUUGUCCGUCUGUGCGAUCAUAUGGGUUACACACAGUUGUGUAUUGAUUGUUGUUUGUAUGUGUGGUAAUGUUACCCUUCCCAUAGUUUUCUUUUAGUUUAGUUAUGAUGCGUUUAGUUCAAAUAUGAUGUGUCUAUGUCGUGUGUUUGUCCCUAAUUCUUCUCACUUGUGUUUUUCCUGAGGAUUGAAUGACCUUGGCGCCCUUUGUUUGCUGUUGCACAUUUUGUUGCCUAUAUUAAGGCUUAGACGUUGUUGUUGCAUGUGCCCUUAGAAAGAAAUUUGUCUCGAGUUGUUGUUUUUCCUAAUUAGCGUAGACAUAUACCUACAGUCGGGCGUAUGCGUUUGAUCCCUACAUUCAGCCAUCAUCAUCACUUGAGGGUAAUAAAAAAAUGUAAUGAGACUCAUAUUUUGUUUUUUUGUUUUGUUUUUUUAGUUUUUUUAUGUUUGGGGUUUUUAUUUCACAUUGGGAAUGUUUGAACCGCUGUAUGUAUGUAUGUGUGUGUGUGUGUGUGUGUGUGCGUAAUUGUGCGUUGUUUGGUUUUUUUUUUUGAGCCUACCCUCACUUGGCAUCAUCCCACUUGUGCCACUUGUGGCACAUAUCAAAAGAGUUAUAAAAAAAAUAUUUGAAAUAAUUUUGACAGGUCCCUCACAAAUGCGGUUGACCCAUCACUACAGAACUAGUGUUGUAAAACAUAUUUUGCUCUCGAUGUUUCCUAAUAUGAUAUGUUUGUCUAAUAUUAUCUCUUGAGGAUCAAAUGAGAAAAUAUUGGUGUGUUUAUGUUAAGGGGACAAGGUAAAGGGAAUACCAUUUCUUUUCCCAGUAGUUGUUGCAUUUAAAUAUUUUAGAAAAAGGAUGUAUUAAACUAAUUCAACGCUUUGUAAAUAUGAUUCCUUUUGCAUUGAAACAUCGAGAUAAAUCCUAAACUAUGUUAUGCAUUAGAUAGUUGUGUAUUUCUUUAUCCGAAAGGAUUUUUAAUGUAAACAAUAUAUUGGUAUUUAAAGCGGAGUAAAUCUUGAGAAAUAUACUCAGUUUUAAAAAAUCCUUUACGAAGACAGCAUCUUAAGAACAAAAAUGUCCUUUGCGUUCAGCGAAAAACUUUCGGAAGAUGUGGAUGUCAAUAACUUCUAUGAGGAUACAGAAGGCGAUAUAGUCAUAUGUUCCGUCAAGGAAAAAAAGGAUGAGGAGAAUGUGGAGGAUGUGGAAAUGGAAGAGGUGUUGGAGGACCAUGGUGAAACAACAGAGGACUCCUCAACUCAUUAUGAGGAGGAGGAAACCCAGUCCACAAUCCUGGAUGAUGAUGAGAUUGGAGACGAUGGCGAUACCACGAUCACUUAUGAGGAGGAGGAAACCCAGUCCACAAUCCUGGAUGAUGAUGAUGAGAUUGGAGACGAUGGCGAAACCACGAUCACCGAAACAACAGUAAACGAGCUUGACAGAAUACGAGAGGGUCUGCCGGAACGAGCAGUGGUUACCUCAUCGAUCGUAUUAUGCCCACCUCAAUACAGUGUUCUUCAUGAUUUUGAGGAUUAUAUUAAUAAGAAUUUUGUAGAUUUAAAUUAUAUAGUUCAAAAUAAUGAGCAUUAUAAAGAAUUAAGGGUACAUUUCAAUGAAUUUGACAAAAAUAGAAAUAAAUAAUAAAAAAAAAAAAUGUAUAUAUAUAUAUAUAUUGUGUUCUUUAUUUGGUGGGAUGGUUUGGGUUAAAAAAAAAAUACAUUGAGUUCUUUAAAAAUAGAAAUACAUAAUAAUAAAAAUAAAUUACAUUGUUUUCUUCAUUUGGUGGGGAUGGUUUGGGUGAAAAAAAAAUCAUUGUGUUCUUCAUUUGGUGAGAUGGUAUGGGUGAAAAAAAAAAAAACAAGUUUUUCAUAUAAAUAGGAGGACUAUGUUGCUAAAGAAAACAGUGUGAAAUAAAGCCUAAUAGAAAUAAUGUCGAGCGUAAACCUUGUAAAUUUAUUCAACUCCUACAACCACAAAAGGAUUAUCACAAUAAAGGAGAUGGAUCAAAACAGGGAUUACGUUAUCAGUGGAGCAUACAGAACCCAAACCAAAUAUGGUGAAAGAAUUGUGCUUAAACUGGAUGAUGCUAUACUUUACCUGCCAUCUAGGUUCUUAGCACUACGAGAAGAAGACGUCAAGGAAUUGGGAUGCGGUGGAUAUACCAUAUCAAAAUCAACAAUGGGAGGCGAGAGAGAUAACACAUUAUACAAAUUGGAAUUGAAGCAAAAAAAAUCUAAUUUCUUUUAUCAACCAUAUUUAGCUUAGUAAAUACAACAACAAAAAUAAUAUAAGACUAAAUAUCAUUGUUAGAAGUUAUUCAGUCGAGGAAAGAACAAGCGUGAAGAAUAUGGCAUCAAAAAAUUUGGGGAGCAAAUGCUUGGAAAAGGAUGCAGGAUGGGAUAAUCCGGAAAUUGAUGAAUAUCUUAUGAUGAAGGCUUCUCAAUUCGAGGCUUUUUAUAGUUUGAUGAUACCAAUAGAAGAGGAAUUCCCUAGAAAUGAAAUACCCACAAGGAAUGAAAAUCAUAUACUUACAGAGAAUGAAGUCAAUGGAGAUGAUUAUAUACACAUAACUGAAGGACAAUCAUUGUGGGAUUUAGAUGAAAAUGAUCCAUGGUGGGAAUAACAUAAGAUAUAUUUAAAUAUAAAACGAAAAUGUUAUUGUUGUGUGAGAGAAAAUGCAGAAAUAAAUAAUGUAUUAUUUAAUAAAAUCAACUCGGUUUUUCAUUUACACUUCACAGUUUGUGAGUGGAGCUCCUAGUAGAAAGAUGUACCCCCAACUAAAUAAGGAAACUGAACGUCUGAAAACAUUUUCAAAUUGGCCACUAUCCUAUCCAGAUCCCAAAACCAUGGCAGCAGUGGGACUAUUUUACACUGGAGUAGGCGAUGUAACAAAAUGUUAUUUUUGUGAAGUGUAUAUUCAUCGUUGGAAACAGACCGAUUGCCCGGUAUCUGAACAUUUGAGAAAUUCUUGCAGCUGUCCUUUAUUAAGAAGAUGUGUUACAAACAAUAUUCCCGCAGCACCUAAAACUUUAGAUGUACUACUUCCAGAAUUGGGAUUAGAUGUUUGUAGUCGUACAUUAGUGAAUCCUUUUUCACCAAUAUUCAUUAUAUUAUAUACAUUU